CUCCAAUCAGGAGUCACUCACUCAAUCACAUGAAGACCGAACGAACCGCCAUUUCCUUGUCUUGUCUCUGCGUUUCAGUCUGACCCUUUACACCUCUUAUCCACAGCACUUCAGAGAGAGGAAAAAAAACCCAAAAAUAUCUGAAUUUCAAGCUCUGAAGUGAAAAACUCUUGCUCAGAAGUUUCGAAGCUCGAAACCCUAACCCUAAACUGUCACUUAGACAUGGAAGUCGGCUCUCUGCACGAUAGGUGCAUUUGGUCUCCGAUUCGCUCUUCGUCUCCUCAUCGCCCUCUCGUGGUCCAUUCCAUGGUGAUCUCAAUUUCCGCUCGGAAGAAGAACCCUGGAUCGCUGCGUCAGAGAAGUUCUUGCCCGGCGUCGAGCUCCGAAACCUUGGUCGCCGGCUCGCGGAAGGAGGAGUUCGCGGAUUUGAAAUCUUGGAUGCACAAGAAUGGCCUCCCGCCUUGCAAGGUGGUGCUCAAAGAGAGGCCUUCCCAUGACGAGAAGCAUAGGCCCAUUCAUUACGUUGCCGCCAGCGAAGAUCUUCAGGUUGGGGAUGUUGCGUUCUCCGUGCCUAAUUCCCUGGUCGUAACGCUUGAGAGAGUCUUGGGGAACGAGACCGUUGCGGAAUUGUUAACUACGAAUAAGUUGUCGGAAUUGGCAUGCCUAGCAUUGUAUCUGAUGUAUGAAAAGAAGCAGGGAAAGAAUUCUUUUUGGUACCCUUAUAUAAAAGAGCUCGAUCGUCUGCGAGCAAGGGGACAGUUGGCUGUGGAAUCUCCUCUUUUAUGGUCAGACACUGAACUGGAUUACUUGACAGGCAGCCCUACUAAGGCUGAAGUGCUUGAAAGGGAUGAAGGAAUCAAAAGGGAAUAUAAUGAGCUUGACACCGUAUGGUUUAUGGCUGGGUCUCUUUUUCAGCAAUAUCCAUAUGAUAUCCCUACGGAGGCUUUCCCUUUCAAAAUUUUCAAACAAGCUUUUGUUGCUGUGCAGUCCUGUGUCGUGCAUUUGCAGAAAGUCAGCUUGGCUCGAAGGUUUGCUUUGGUACCGCUUGGACCCCCACUAUUAGCUUAUAGUAGCAAAUGCAAGGCAAUGUUAACAGCUGUUGAUGAUGCAGUUCAACUGGUGGUCGAUCGCCCAUAUAAGGCUGGGGAAUCUAUUGUUGCUUGGUGUGGGCCACAACCUAAUUCAAAAUUGCUUUUGAACUAUGGAUUUGUUGACGAGGAUAAUUCUUAUGACCGUCUGGUGGUUGAAGCUGCUUUGAAUAGGGAGGAUCCUCAAUACCAGGAUAAAAGAUUGGUCGCUCAGAGAAAUGGGAAACUAUCAGUACAAACUUUUCAUGUCUAUGUGGGAAAGGAAAAAGAAGCUGUUUCCGACAUGCUUCCAUAUCUACGAUUGGGCUAUGUUUCAGAUCCUUCAGAGAUGCAAUGUGUAAUCUCUUCUCAAGGUCCAGUCUGUCCCGUAAGCCCUUGUAUGGAACGAGCAGUGUUGGACCAACUUGCUGAUUAUUUUAGGACACGCCUCGCUUGCUACCCAACUACCUUGAAGGAAGAUGAGUCUUUGUUGGAAGAUCCUACUUUGAAUCCAAAGAAACGAGUUGCUACACAGCUUGUCAGACUAGAAAAGAAAAUGCUUCAUGCAUGCCUACAGGCAACGGAUGAAUUUAUAAACCAGUUACCAGAUCACACUGUAUCACCAUGUCCAGCUCCUUAUGCCCCUUCAUUCAAAUAGAAGAGAUAUCUAUUAUUGCAAAACUGUGGAUUUGCAAAUACUUGGGGGAUAUUGGUUAUAACAUAGAAGAAUAUAGACCAGGUAGGUUACGAAAUUCAGCAACUCAUUCGAUAACCAAGGAAAUUAAAGAAUUUCGCUACACCCCUAGCUGGCAUUAGGAGGGGAUUAUCAUGUGUGUUUAAGUGAAUUCCAUUGAACAAGUUUCUUCGGCGUAGCUAUCAAAUUUGGAAGAUUUGGCUGUAUUCUGUGAAUAAUCGACCUCACUGCUCUUUGUAGAACAAAAUGAUAGUAUCAAGGAUGUUGAUAAUUUUGUUCGCUAAUAAAAUUUUGUUAUUUUUUUGUACAUCUAAAAACAAAUGAU